ACAUGUUCGCCCCCCUGGGCUGGGAUGCGGGUGGGUUGGUCCCCAAGGUGGGAUGGUGAGGCUUGCUGGUAAGGGAUCAGAGCUUGCUUCAGGUACGGGCUGUUUGCUGGGUCUGCUGGCGUGGCCCAUGGCUGCAGAAGGAUGCCAUGGGGUGAGGCGAGGUGAAGCUGUGACAGGGUGUGUUACUGGGUGUUGUCCUGUGUUUCCCUAGGAUGCCCCCUGUAACGUGCCUCCUUUGCAGGUGUCUCAGCAGCCCCAGGCUGUGGCCUUUGCAAGGCAAUGGUGGUUGUCAGUGUGAUGUGACUACAAAAUCUCCCAGUUCUCCAUGACUCCUGCUCCCUUGUGGUCAUGGAGCUCUGAAAGUUGUCUGUUCGUAAUGUUUUCCUGUGUAUGACCUUUUUGUGCUCCUCUGUGACAGCACUGGUUUACCCUAAAAGAUGAAACACGUGCAGGAAAAUUGUGAAUGUGUUGUUGAAUGUAAGUACUCCGAAUACCACUGCUGCUUUUAGGAAGUCAGUGUGUAGUAUGAAGGGCUGAGGUCUGGUUUGGGUCCUGGUAUAAAUUUGUUUCAUAAAUUAAGGCAAAUAUUUUACAUUCCCUUGGUUUUCCUUUUUAUUGUGAGAAGGGAUUAGUAAUUCUGCAAAACCUCUUUAAGUUACUGGUGCUGAGUAACAAUGAAAUCAGCUCUGUGUAAAUAGAGCAAAUUUGUCCUUUAAUAGCACAGAGCAGGAGUCAUUGCUCCGUUUUAAACCUCAUCAGAACUGGAGAAAGACGUGCUUAUAGCUUCAUGUUUGGCUUAAGCAGAGGAUCUGAAUUUCAUUCUGUGUAUCCUGCUAGUGUGUUUAUUCUAAAUGCUGUGUAGAUUUGAGUUUGUUUCUUCCUAAUGGCUUUCACAUAUGUAUGAUUUUGGCAGGUUGUGCUACCUGCGCAUGCCAACUGUAGAGUGGCUCUAAAGAUAUGGUACAAUAGGCUGCAAGGUGACAAGCCUCUGAUUCACCUUGAUUUAUGGAAUGUAGCAAAGCAAGUGAUUGUAAAAGAGGAAAAACAAAUUCCAGGUGAGCUAGAUAAGACUUCUUGUAGCUAUGUACAUGUUGUAUGUCAAGGUUUUUUUGGGGCCCCCCCUCCCCUUUUGUUUGGUUUUGUUACACUAAUUCAGCUUUGUAAAUAUGCAUGACAGUUGAUCAUGUGGGGAAGGGAAGUGUCCUUUAUGAAUUACUUUAUUGUAUUUCCUUCAAAAUAUUUAUUACACAGAGUGAAUUAGAGGUCAGGGGAAUGCAUAACAGGUGCAGUCUUUUAGCCAGUUCCAUCAAAUUACCAUUGAGGCCUUGUUACAAACUCUAUGCAGAGACACAAAUUUUAAGCAUCCAGGCUCUUUUGCUGACCUAGUUUGACAACAUACUUACUCAGCUAUUCAGUCCUAAAAGGUGUGAGUAAUCUCUUGUUUACCCUCACCCAUGUGCUUUGAAAUUUCACCUAUUCAUGAGCCCAGCCUAAUAUAAUGUGUUCAGUUUGACACAUCAUGAAGGCAGCAUACCAUGCAAGCUCUGGACUUUGAACUGGGCUGGCUAAUAUGUAUCACGUAUUUAAUGCAGCACUUUGUUCCAUAUGCUUACAAGAAAUGGGUGAGUUACCUGUAUGCUUGUAUUAAGAGGAGUAAAACUGGGAACUACCAAGAUGUUUGCCUUUCACUGUUUUCAUCUCUGCAUUGUAUCUCACUCCAAGUUUAUCUGUAUGGACUGCAGUUCUUCUAAGCACUAGACCAUACUAAAUCCUGCCAGAAGCUGUACAGAUUUACUGCUGUAGUAUAACUGAGCACUGCAGCUCAAAAACCAUUACAUGCAUUUGUUUGUGUCAGUGGAAUUUAGUGAAUGACAGGAAGUAAAGGGUAGGCAACCCAAAAUAUUCUCAGUGUUUGGCUAGGUUUAGUAAAACACUUAAAUUUCUAGAUGGGAAACUGUACCCUCCUAUUGACAGUGUUGUGGAGGGGAAGCAACUCCUUGUUUAUUCAGAUGAAAACUAGAUGUUGCAUAUGAAUAGUUCAGAUACUUGUAUUAAGUACUUAAGAAAAAGCAGGGCAUUUUCAUUACUUAGAGUUAAAAUAACUUCGUGUUGAAAGAGAAACAUUUUCUUGUAUUUUUCCAUUUUUUCCCCCUCAGUUUUGUCCAUCUGACAAAAAUCUCUGUGAUCAUUUUUGCUGAGUAGGUUUUUUACCUGUCAUUUACUGUGUUUUGAUGCAUCUUUAUAUCGUUGAGAUGAAGAAAAAUAGCAAGGUUUUUCAUAAAACCAUAAAAGGGCUGGGUGACUAACAGCUGUUAAACUGUAUUAGACUUUAAGCUUUUAUUGCCCAUUUAAUCUGAAGAAUAGGUUGUAUAUGGAGGCUAUAAACAAAACAGGGCUCUCAGCCAUGCUGUUUCUCAAGCUGGCUGUGGAACGCUAUCCCUUAGGCUGUAUGACAGGGUGACACAGGGUAGUGUGGUGUUUCUGCCUUCUCUAUUUCAGUUACUAGAGCCUCUACUGUAAACAAGCUUGAAGCCAGGUUGCCGGGCUUUCUAUGGGUGCUUAGUUUCAGAGGUAAACAAGGCUGGUGAAAUGAUGCCAGAUUUUACAGGCAAAUGAAAAUCUUUUCCUUGAAGCACUUUAGUGAACAAAAAGUCAAUAUUUCUUAGGCAUUUGGGUAUUCUAAUGGAGUUUCCAAAUGGAGUUGGAGAGCAAACCAAACAGUUUUGUAUGAGGACCUGGAAGACCACAAAUAAAGGGCUUUGAAACAUCCAAAUCAGGAAUAAUUGUUUAAGCCCUGCAGCAGGUAAAGCAGGUUUUCAAAUGUCUGUUGACAUAUAACUGCUUCCGGUAUUUUUAACAACUAAAAGCUGUUGAUAACGUGCAAGUUGAGUGUCCUGUACAAAAUAAUUUUCUAUUGUUUGUCUAGUUCCCAGUGGAGAAGUGUCUGUCUUAUGCGGAGUUAAAUUUACUAAUAUGUUGGCUUUAAAUAUGCCUUUUAUGUAGUCAGUAGCAAAGCAAAAUCUGGGUGAAGGUGAAUGACAAUUAUUACAGCGCGGCCCUGAAUUUACAAUCCAGCCCCUCAAGGCUACAGAAUACAGGUCAGCAUUAGCUGAGCAACAAAGGGAUUUCUGCAGGUCUGCUUCAAGGAUGUGCUGACUCCUGUGUGAAAUGGUGUGAUGAUCAAAAUCUACCAAACCACAGUCUUCUGAAAUGUUUUGUGGUUUUUUUUUUCUUCUUAAUUUUGUUUUCCUUACUAAGUCUUAAAUUCAAUGCAGAAACUGCUGUGGCUUUGCAUGUCAACAGUUAAGAUGAAACUGAGCUGAAGCAUGUGUUUCAGAAGAUGAACAAACUACGUAUGCACACAUACAAUACAGAUAAAAUUGUCAGCAUACCUGUGUGACUUCUUGUCCUUCAUAAGGUAUGUCCUUCAUAGCAGCGUGGUUCCAGUGAUCUGCUUGGGUGCCCAAAGGGGACCACCCAAAGGCUGGAGCAAAACAGGGCCAUACUGAACAAUCCUUGUUGCUCCUUCUCACAAAAUCAUUUCUAUUUUGAAAAACUGUGGGGAUCUGCUGAUGCUCGGACCUCUAAAGAAUGCUGGUUUUCACAGUCUGUUCCUGUUAUGCAGGCCUGUGAGUCUUAAUGGCUGUAGGAAAAACUGGGUAGAGGAACCUGGGUCUCUCAUUCUUAUAGAGAGCACAGAGCCAAAACAGAAGCAUGCCCUACACAGAGAUUUCCCAAAAGAUCUGAAUAUGCCAUAAAGGUCUUAUCCUCAUGUUGUUUAGUGCAAGAUUGGCAAUGAAUAAAGCAUUACUGUUUAUGAACUGUGAAGAGAUGAGGUGCUGCUAAUGAUGUAGGUAAAAGUUGAGGCUGGAAAUGGUGCAAGGAAGUUUAUUUGUUGUUGAUUUCAUCCAGGUAUUUAGUGCAGUCAGGAGUGAAAAAGAAGUGGUACGAUUUUAUUGCAAUUCUGUUGUAAUAUGUCUAUAAACCAUAAACAGUCUUUCUCCCAGAGCCUACAGUGUAGUUUUGAUAAUGUACUUGAAUUACAGGUUGCAAAGCUUUGGAAAUGUUUGAGCUUUACAAAGAAAAAAAAGUUAAUUUUGUAAAAUUAGCAUCCUGAAUGGCCAGGAACAUUGAUGGUUUUUGCAUUGAGUGCUCGUAAGUGCAGAUGACCCUAUAGUGCUUGGACUUGAUGAUCUUAAAGGUCUUUUCCAGCCUAAAUGAGUCUUAUGAUUCUAUGAAAUUAAGUGCGGUCAAAUUUACUCGAGGGCUUUAUCACUACUGCAAGAGUGGAGUCUGGAUCUCAGAGCUGAAUGUUACUUUUCUUUGCUUUGGGGGGGGGGGGGAAGAGGAAGGGAGAACUUGGGUAACUCACAUUUCUGACUAAUGAAAUCCAGAUCAACUACAUUAAAUAAUACUCAUACAUUAUGCUCUUAUUCCUUAUUUUACCUGUGCUGUUUUGUACCCUCCAGCAGGCGGUGCUGCAUCCUGCUAAUGUCUUCUUCAUGGAGGAAAAAACAAAAUCAGUCAUUUGAUUUAAUUCCGUGCAACUGGACUUUGCUCUUUGUUUUGUGUCAUGAGUGUGUCUGUGUUCUUUUCUUCCUCAAGUUUUUUGCCAGCAGAGUUACUAAGGAGGGAAUUUUUAUGAUCCCAGCAUAUUUGAUCUUGCAAGCACUCUGUAAGAAGAGGUUGAACAUCGGUGGGAGUUGCUUAUCAAGGCCGUGCUCAGAGCAAGUUGAACAGACACAGGCAGAAAUACACUUGUAUUUCUACAAAAUGUGAAGAAAUGCAAGUGUUUUCUUAAAAGUAAAAAAUAUUCUUAAGAAUGUUAAACUUACGAAAGUUUCUAGUUGGCUCAUUGGUUUUCCCCUUUCUUGAGCUUUAGUAGUUUAAGCUCAUGAUUUUAAAUCAGUCUUACGAUUAGCCUAAUAUUGAAUCAACUGGUCUUGAAUGCUAGAAGUUUUCAAUACAGAUUACACAGCACACAUUUCAGAAUCUCUUAUUUAGGAUUUCCAUGUGAAGUAUUGUGGCUGAGUUGCAUACAGAAAAUGUAAAGAGGAGGUAUACUCCAUUGUGUUUGCUGAUAGACCACUUGUGCCAGGCAAGAAUUUGUGGGUAAUAAUAGUUGAAAUUAGGCCUUGAUAUAGGUUACUAUCCUUUAAGUCCUUGAGUUGCAUCAGUCCAGAAAUGCAUCAUGAGCUAAGAGAUCUCAUUGAUCUCUGAUACUUGCCUGCGUUUUUGUACUUUAUUGCUGGUUUCAUGUAGGGAGUUGGAAUUGUGCUGUAGUGUUUUUCCUCACUGUUACAGUGAUUAGACUUGGUUGUGGCUGUAAUUUUGGCACUGCUGGGGUUAUCUAGAAGCCUCAGAAGGUGAAUCCAAGUUUAGUAAGCUGAAGUAUUUGUUUGGUUUUGAUAUUUAAUUUUAUUAGUAGUCUUAAAUGUUCAAUAUAAGAACACUGACAAUAAACUACAAUCAUACAUCUCAGGCAGGCAGGACCUGCUACUCUGCCAUGUGAAACAGCCUGUGUUCCCCUGCUUGUUCUGUUUGUGGGUAGCUGGAGUUAAAAUCUUUCUCUUUAACCCCUCUUCUGUGUUUCUUCUAGAAAUCCAACCUGGCUGUGGCAGUUACCUCUCAGGAAGUUACAAGGAUGGGUCAGGAGGAAAACACCUUUGUUUUUCCUUUGGCUCAAACCCAAAAGGUUAAAUAUCAUUAGAUUCUGAGAAAUUCUGUAGUAAUCUGCAUAAUCCAGAUGCAGUAAAUAUAUAGAUAAAAAGUCUUUCGUCACUAAGGUCUGACGUUCUCAUAACUUUGAUAAAUGUAGAUUUUGAUCUUUAAUGAGUUUCAGCUCUGUUGUUUUCAGAUGCUCUAGAAUAUGUAUCUGUCUUUAAAAGGGCAGUUAAUUUUGUGCUAAAGCUGAAGAUAUUCAUCUGCUUCAGAGUUUUGUCUGUCUCUCCUCUUUUUAGAGAAAAGGAACCGUAUAGACAAGGUGGCUAAAUAGAUUGCUAAAGUCAAGUGGCAUUAACCCAACUUUGGCAGCUUGGGCCUGUGUGUUAUGACAUGGAGAUAUAUAAACUAGAUGUGAUUAUAAGCAAGUGAUAUAUUAAGUAAACAUAAUAGUAGUUAAUGCUUAUUCAGUGCUUUCUUUUCCUGGAUUCCAGGGCAGCUCACAAGACUUUAUACAGUUUUUGGCCCUAGUUUAUAGGUGAGAGGAUGAAGUCACUAAAUGUGAAAUGAGUGGUUCAAGGUCCCUAAGUGAACCGGUGGCAAAACUGAAAAGAGUUCAGGUUUGAUGCAUUUUCCUCGUGGCUAUACCAUUUUAUAAUAUUUUUCUUUUCUUUGUAUUUUUUUAUAAGUGAUCAUCAUUCAUUGAUGGUGGUGUGAGUAACAACUGAAACAUUGCAGAUGAUUGCUUGUAUUGUUGAGGCAAUUUUGCCUUGCUUUUCCUUGAAGCUAGGCUUUUGUGUGUUGAAAAUAUGAGUGAGUGGGUAAAUCUUGUAUUUCUACAUCUUCACACAAAAGGUACAUAAGAUUUCCAGUAAAACCAUUUUUGACUUCCUGUGAAAGAAUACAUAUAUUUUUUACCAUAGCAUUCUAGUACUGGUAAGUGUUUCAGCUUUUUUUCACUGUAUUUGGCCAGACUGUAUCUGGAGGAACAAGUGAUUACAGCUCCUAAGAUAUGGUUACCAGCAGUCAGAUCAACAAAGGGGUUAAAAAUUGAGACAGCCCUAUCUUUUACUUCAGUGGAAGUGUAGCUGUUUAUUUAAAGCUCUCAGUAAAUGAUUGUUGGAGAUCUGCCAUUCACAGCAGAGCAUUCAGAAAGCAUACCACAGACUCUGCUUCCUCCUGAAGAGCAUUUGUCUGUCAACAUUUCACUUUAAUUGUAGUCUUUUAAGGUACCAGAAGGCAGGCAAAACUCACGGGCCAGCAGUCAUGGAAGAUCAGGUCUUUACCAAUGUUUAUCAGAAUGUUGACACCACCAGUAUCUAUGAGAUUCCAGACACUGAGGAAGACAAAGGGGAUAAUCUUUAUGAUCAUGUCCAUGAAGAACCAGCAUCUCCUUGUUCCAUCACUACUAUCCCAGAGAGCAUGGAUAGUAGUCAAGAGAGUUCAGAAGAUAGCUGUAGUAAUUCUGUGGCCUCUCAGCAUGGGGCUGAUGGGGAGGAUGGUUCUUCUUCAUCUCACCAUGGUGCUGAAGAAGACCAUUCAUACCAGGAGAUGGAUCUGAUGAGUCCAACUCUGGAAGAUAAACAUGCAGAGGACAUGAUGUUUGAGAGCAACAUUCAUUUUCCUCUGGAUUUCCAGUUGCGUCGGAGCCCAAACACCUCUUCCAACUCUUUAACUUCCCGCAAGUUCCCUCUUAACAAUAACUUUGGAGAGACUGACAACUUUCAGCAAGAUUGCGAGAUUUUCAUGUUUGUAAAGGCUGGUAUAGAUGGAGAAAGCAUUGGAAACUGCCCAUUCUCCCAGCGUCUCUUCAUGAUCCUGUGGCUUAAAGGAGUUGUGUUCAACGUCACCACUGUUGACCUGAAAAGAAAGCCAGCUGACCUACACAAUCUGGCUCCUGGGGCCCACCCACCUUUCUUGACUUUUAAUGGAGAAGUCAAGACAGAUGUUAACAAGAUUGAGGAAUUCUUGGAAGAGACUCUUGCACCUCCAAAGUACCCCAAACUGGCAGCUAAGCACCGGGAAUCAAACACUGCUGGAAUUGAUAUCUUUUCCAAAUUUUCUGCAUACAUCAAAAAUACCAAGCAGCAGGAUAAUGCUGCCCUUGAAAGAGGUUUGGUGAAGGCUCUGAAGAAGCUGGAUGACUAUCUGAGAACCCCUCUGCCAGAGGAGAUUGAUGCAGACAGCACCGAAGAGGAGAAAUUGUCUAAACGCAAGUUUCUGGAUGGAGAUGACCUGACUCUUGCUGACUGUAACCUUCUGCCGAAACUCCAUGUUGUCAAGAUUGUUGCAAAGAAAUACCGCAACUUUGAGUUCCCGACAGAGAUGACGGGGCUGUGGCGGUACCUGAAGAAUGCAUACGCCAGGGAUGAAUUCAUCAACACCUGUGCAGCGGACAAAGAAAUUGAGCAAGCCUAUGCAGAUGUGGCCAAGCGGCUCAGCAAGUCCUAACUGACCUCAGCGAUGGCUCAGUAUCCCCUUUUAUAGACUCUUCUCCUUGUUGCCUUAAGAUAUACUUUAUCAUUAUGAUAUCUGGUUGGCAUCCCUAUGAUUUCACCUGUUCAAGUGUAUUGGUCAGGGACACACUUGCUUCUCCCUGGAGAACAGAGAAGGCAGCUCUAGUGGGGUGUUUGUGUGGAGACCCUUUGAAAUCUGAACCUAAAAUCUGUCUCAACUAGUAUUAUUUGCAAUCAGUAUUGGAAAUUAAUCUACUUUACUAGUUUCUUGUUUCAUGUUGGGGGUAUAUCACCACCUGUAUUCUUUGGAGUUUUAUAAAUAAGAUAUUAGCUGAAAUUUUAAGUAAGAGAGUUGGGAACACAUAGAACUUGUUCUUCUGUAGGUUAUUUCAAAGAUGCUUUUCCCCCCAGUGCUGUUGAUAAUCUUGAGGCAGGAACAAAAUAGGAGGAGGGGAAGGAGUUUGACCCUAAAGGAGAAAUGUUCUUAGCGGUUGUAUUUUAAAAAAAACUCUCUAAAUGCACAUUCUAUCUUAGCAGGCCUGAGAGUUUAUAGGCUAUUUAUUUUUAACUUGGCGCAAAAGGGGGAAGCCUGAGCGAAUAUGUCAGACUUGCAGAUGCUACUUUGCAUAAAAUUUGCAUGAUGUUGUUGGAUCCGAAUGUCUAAAGCAAAAGAGAGUGAAUGAGCGAUUGAGCAGGCAGCCCUUGGAAGAGUGGGGCUUGUGCCAAAAUGUCCAGUGGAUCUGCUAUUUGGUAGAGACACACAGACACAGCAAUAACGGGGGCAGCAUAUUGACUGCAGCGACUAUAGAGAGAAUUGGCACAGCUAACCAAACCGCGUAGGAUAUUGUCGUCUUGACUGUAUGGUUGCCAGUUCCUUUAUAAUUGCUAUCUUGGGAAACUUGGAUAGGCAGGAGAAAGCUGUCAUUGCACUCAAAUUCCAGGCAGGGGAAGCGCUUUCUUCGCGUUGGGCUCCAGAUGGGUCACUUUCAAGAACUCAUCAUCUCACCCCAGGAGAAGUUUGUUCUGAAAGCCUCAAAGAGGGCAGGCUAAAACAGAGAGAUGCACAUUUCCAGCCAGAAAUUCAGCAAGUAUGCUAGAAGAAAUCGAUGCAUGAUGCCUUAGUCCCUCUCAUCGGGGGUUUACCGGUCCAGGUUACACAAUUCUGAAUUAGGAUUGUUUUCUAAAAGUGAUUAUUUUGUUCUAUCAUCUGUAGCGUCUUCCUGACACAAUCUCCUUUAUACUAGUGAUUAUUUGCACAUUAGUUUAGCAAAUUCAGAAUGACAUUUCUUUUGCAUGAAACAUGAUUUUCAGUUUUUUUGGGGGAUUUAUUGUUGUUUUCAAAGAUAAAGCUGAGCUGUAACCUGAUGUGGUUUCCCUUCUGAUCAGAGCUUCUAGAGCUGCACUGAUUUGAGGGGAACCCCAAGCUGGUGAGCUGUGACCAAGGGGAACUUUGCAGGAGGCUUGUUUGCAGCCAGAGAGCUGGAGGACUGGAGACAGCACUGAAAGCCAGCCUCUGCCGUGUGAUGCUGAUGACAGUCUGAAGCCAUCCUGUUGCUUUGGUGGGAUUAUUCUACUUUUCACACUAGCCCAGCUGGGAGCAGAAUGUUGCUCAUUGACUGUGAAGAUAGUUUGUGGUUGACUAUUGUUUUGCAUGCAAUGGUCAAUUUGUUCUGAACUUUCAAAAUCUUGGAAGAAAAUCCAUGAACUCCCAAGUCUUCUCCUAGAAUGGGCUAUUUUAACAAUGGCUAGACUGGAGGGCAAAGGCUUGCACUCUUUAAAAUAUUGCUGAGAAAUCAACUGGCUCAGAGGACACUAAUAGCAGCCAGAAAAAUCUAAUGAGAUUAGAAGUGUCUGCACAAGCACAUGUGGCUUGUUAAAAGCAUUUCUUCAUGAGAUUGGAAUUAUUUGUGAUUUUUUUUUCUCUUUGAUUAUGGCAAUUAUUUAUUUAUUUAUUUAAAUUUACUUGGUCCUUUUAGUCUUUCUUUCUGGUUUUGUGUUUUCACUCAGCACACCGGUCAAGAUGGCUUUGUCUGCUUAGAGAAGUGUUACUAGCAAUACUUAGUAAAUUAGUUUCUAGUGAAAAGUCUUCUAUCUGAUAAUGUUCACUGGGAAUUUUUUUCAGUAUGAUUUAGCUAGGAGUAUGACAAUCAACAAGAUCAGCAUUUUUCUCAGUUGUCUUUUUCCAGGUUUGUACUUCAGUUAGUGGCUUUUGCUUAAUCACAGUUGCAGUGAAUCUUUGAAUAAAGAUGCAGAGGCAGAUUCAGAAUCGUGCUCUGUGCUUAUUGUAUUUAGCUCCUUAAAGAAGAUUGUCCCAACAUCCAGCAGAUCUCAGGCAGGGUAAUUUAACCAGCUCAGGAUCUGACCUGAUUUCCAUCUCUGAAUCUUCACCAGUUUGCUGAAUCCUGUGGUUCUGAAAUGUUCUAAUACGUCUUUCUUUAGUUUUGCUAGUAGAGGGCCAAAUCAAAAUCAGUUAAUCUCUAUGACAUCAAAUCGCAUCUCCUUUUUAAAAAAUAUGUUUAAAAAUGGUUAAGCUGAUACCAAAAAGAAAAUGAGCUGUUAGCUCAAUGAGCUUUUUCUAAGAUGAUUUGCAUGUUCUUAAAAUCUUUUUAGGAUUUCAUUAUAAAAUCUAAAAACCCCUAAGCUACCCUUUUAAUUAAUAAAAAAAAUCGUAAAUAUCUUCAUUAUUCUAGCAAUACCACCCAAAAAAAAUCUUAAUAAAAUGUGUUUAUGGAUAUGAGAAAGAGUAUGAGGAAAAUGAAACAGCUUUCAGCUACCGUGCCUGUUCUGUCUGAAUUCAAGUCUCACUCUGCAUCCUAUCUUUGCAUUUUCACUCAUGACUCUAUUAUAGGCUCAUCCAAGAUCCAAGAUUAUGGACAGGUUCAGGCAUUUCCUGACCUUUGUUUGGGUUUGAAAUCCAAGCUCAUGUUCUCAGAUCUGUAACUUUCGCUCACCUUUGUGCUUUUUGGCUUUAGCCAUCGUCAGAAGCAGGAAAUACUGGAAAUCCUACAUAGAAAAGUGUUUUGCUGAGAUUUUGAGCUCAGUUCUCAAGACUCGGGAUCCGUCACCAGUGAGAUUUUAAAGGGCUCCAGACUCCUUUAAGGCAGGGUAUUUUUGGUGACCUUCCAUUGUAUUUAGAAUUAUAAGUAAUAAAUAUUAAUCAUACAGGAUUGUAUAUCUACAUUGGCAAGGCAGCAUUUCUGAAAAGAAUCUAAGUGACAAGACAGACAUUGCAGAUUUACAAUAACUUUGUUCAUAAAUUUUUUGCAAGAUGUAAAGAAAGACAUAGCACGGGGGGGAAGAAGCCAACAAUGUGGAUUUAAUCAUCUACAUUUCAGAAAUGCAGACCAAAUGUCUGUAAAGAUGUCCAUUUCAUCCAAACAUUUCUUAGAUAUUUAUUUCAAAGCCCCCUAUUCAGUCAGUCCAACACUCCAUUCAUAUUGGAAGUAAUAUUGAUUUUUCUUCUAUUAGCAGUGGUAUGGGAGUGCUGGAGAAUCCCAUAGACUAGUAACCCUUAUUCUCUGUUAGACUAUUUGAAUUGCCAUGGUCAUCUUGCUGUACAGGUAAGACUAAAGAAGUAUUUGUUUCAAGACCGUUUAAAUGAGGACUUCUGACAAAAAUGUUUUUUCCAGUAAAAAGAAUCAGAUAAUGCUAUUGCUUUGUCAGAUCUAGCGUGGAAUAUAGAGCUACAGGUUACUCCUGUGUUUUCAUCAGCUGAGAAACCACUGACAGCGAGGAAUGACAGUCUAUAUCACAAAGAAACUAGAAAUGUUUCUUUCCUACAAGAAAGUUCAGCUGAAUUACAUGUAGCAUUUAUUCUGAAUAUGUAUUUAUUUUAUUUUAACCCAUAGCCACCUUUCCUCCUCUCUCAUCCCUGCUCAGAUUCAACUCCCAAGUUGGCCAUAACCGUGCUGCCUUUUCCUCAGUGCUAAGUAGCAGGGUGCUCGUGGAUGGACACAUGAGGAACUGUGGGUUAGUAUAACCCAUCUGCCUUGUGGGAUGAAGCCCCCUUUCUGCAUUGACUGAGUUUGGCUAAUUAACUGAGUUUAAAGCAUUGCAAAACUAGGCAGUGGAAAUCUCACUUAUGUAAAGCCCCAGAAGCACGUGGAAGCAUUCACUUUUCAAAAUGAAUUGGUAUUUUAAAGAAAAAAAUAACCCCAAAGUCUUGUGUCCUCCUUCAUGUGUAUUCUUUUAAACAUCAGGAAGUUUUCAUUUGUUUAUUAUUCUGCUAGAUAUGCCCAUUAUUCUUGAAUUUCUUUUGAUAUUAAGAAAUAUUUUUCCAGGAAGAUUUUGCCUUUCUGCUGAAUCUUUCAUCUCUUCAUUAAUUUUGAUGUCUGCAAUGCCCUAGUCAUUCCAGAGGAGGCAGGAAAGCUGUGAGGCUUAUACUUGUUGAGAAGUUGAUGGAGUUAAUGAUUUUUUUGGAAAAAACAGUAUUAAAAACAUUUUUUUAAAAUGUGUCUUUUCAUCUGGGAUACUUUAACCAAGAGUGAUAGACUGUUUAGUCUGGACUGUGAUUUUCAGCACAGAACUGAACAAGCCACCAUGUUUAAGGCAGCUUUGCCUAGGAAUUUCCCCAGGAUUCAUAGAGAUAUUCCUGCUGGAUGACAAAAUUUCCAAUUCCUUUGAUCAGCAGGGAUCUGCCGGUUUGUAUUGGCACUGAACUGUGACAGCCCGCUGACUCAGUGCUGGGCGGAGGAGAGGGGUCCUGCUCCCUUUUCUCUCCUUCUGGCUCAUAGGCAGGGACAGCAGAAAGCAUUGAUCCAUUUUGUUUCCUUGCCCCAUGCCCCAGGCAACUCUCCAGCCAUAGGAAAGCACAGAAACCCCAUCCAGUGCUGGUUUUCAAAGCUUGAUCAGUCCAUGUUUUAGGUGUGACAUGAAGGUCUGAAGAGCCCCAUGUAACCCCUCAGGCACUCCCCGUGCAGCGUGAUGGGAGUCAGCCGUGUCUCAGAGACCGCAGCAGUCACAUUCCCCAUUUGCCCCAAAUCAUUCCCCUUUCACCGUUCAUUGGAGAGAUGCUAAAGCUGAAAAUGCUCCAGAGGAUGCACUUGAAUGUGGUGUAUUUUGUGUUCAUCAGCUAACCAGCUCCCAGUGAUGAUGUUGUCACCCUGCAGCAGGUCGUGCCUCUGCUGCAAAUGGACGAGCCAUCACCCCUUGGAGUGGCAGUCCUCGGGUGGGAAACGCUGAAGCUGCCCAGCCAGCGAUGGUGCAACCAUGAUGAAAGGUCCCGGUGCCAAAUUUUCUCCAGCCUGGCUCUCUAGCUAAGUGUGUUAGCAGCUCAGCUGGGGCCAUGAUCCAGCACUAAUGAGCAUUUCUAGCUUGCAGCACGUGAAUAGAGACUACUCAUGUGUUUAAUGUUAAACAUGUGCUUGCCUGCUUGCCUGGAGAGGGGCCUAAAAGUCAUGAUAGAAAAGCCUAUAUUAAUGAAGAGCAUUAGUAUUCUCUUCCCUUUGAAAUCUGGUGGCAGAAUUCCCAGUGGGGGAAUUCCCAAUAGGAAUUCCCAGUAGAGCCCAAGGCUACAUGAGCAUGAAGAUGUCAAGUGUGAAGAUGUCCUUAGAGAACCGAAAACACUCAAGGAGAAAAGAAAGCAUUAGUGUUAUGUAGGGUCUUCUUGCAGAAGGACACCAGCCAUGUGGUAACUGGAGGGACACCACCAGUGCUGUCAGGCUCCAUUCCGGUUUAUCACAGGGAGGUUCAGAGUGGAGCUGGGACCAGGCCAUGCUGGCAGUGUAAUGCCAAGGCAUGUUCUGCUGUAUCUCCAGCCACACUCCCCAUGGUGGUAUCCCCACAGUAUAACGAUGCAUCCAUUGUGUCUGCCUUGCUUUUAUUAUGAAGUGACUUGUCUAAAGAAAACUAAGAAGGGUGGGGAAUUUUUUUUUUUUUUUAAUAUAUAUAUAGAUGGACUAAAACCAAUCCAAAUAUGCUUUAAUGGUUCUCAACACGAUACUGUCAAUUCUCACCACAGGGUGGAAUUUGUUGGUGGAAAUUAAAUUAAAUUAAAUUAAAACAGAAAGGCUUGGAUAUUGCUAAUGGGUUCUACUGGGAGCCCUAAAAGCAGUUUGCAGUGUAGAACCAUAACAGGAGUGAACAUCCUUUAAUUCCCAGAAUCAUUUGGGUUUCACAGGGUCGUUUCAGCCUAUUCUGCUGCACUGCUGAGAAGUUGCUCUUUCCCUGUCUCCCUAGGUCUAUAAACUCUGAAGAAUUUGGGAAAUGGCUACGGGCACCACAUUAAUCUUUUUUUUUUUCCACUCCCCCCCCCCCCCCCCCCCCCGCCCCUUUCAUUAAAAGAACUACUUUAGUUUGGAAGUAAGCAAUAAGUAAAUAGAAUUUGCAAACAGCAGAUUUCUCUACUUUUUCAUUAAGGAAGUUUUUAAGAGCUUUCAGGAAAUGAGUGGUUAUCCUCAGCUUUGGGAAUAAACUGUGGUAUAAAAUAUAUAUAGAAGUGUGAUUCUGAUUAAAUAAUUUAAGCAGAAAGAUUACAGUUUGUUUUAAGGAGCACGCUUAGGACUAAAUGAAUGGAAUACUCCAGAUAUUGCAAUAAGGACUUAGGAUUCAGUUCUAAUUUCCAUUGGUUUCUUUUUUUUUAAUUACUUAUUGUACAAUAUUGAAACUAUAUGCAUAUUCACUUUGUUUAACUGCAUUAUUUAAUUGAAUAAUGCUGUGAAGUGUGUUGGGAUGAAAGGUGGCACAAAGAGGAAAACUUACACUCUUGAAACAGCACUAUUAUUUCUGUGUGUUUGAUUUUGUUCCCGCUGGAAUAAACAGAAACCACACCAUUUAGCUGUGUAGAAGCAGGAUCCCAGCUUCACAGAUCCAGAUAGUUUGGCACUCUCUUUGAAGGACAGGGUAAUUUGCUGUUUAGCAAUCUGAGUCUUGCAGUGGGCACAGCGCAUUUCGGAAGGCAUCCAGGACCAUCCUUGGGUGAAUGGAUAGCAUUGCUCGUGAAGGACCACAGUGAAUUCCCUGCUGUUACAAAAUGAGAUUAAGCCAUCAUGAGAUGUGGACUAGCUAACCCUGAACCAGACACAUUUGCCUGCAGCGCAGCCACUAAAUUGGUCUGACAUCAGGAACCGCAGCGUAAGAGCUUGGCCUCAGAAGGAAGUCAAAGCAGCAUCUUUGUCACUAGUCAUUUUCUAUUUAUAAUGACACAGAUCUAUUUUAUAAUCAUGGGGAGGCACAACAGGACUGUGCUUUGUUCUGCCUAAAUCACAUUUCUCGUGCGGGUGCGUUUAAACACAGCCUUUGGCCCCUUGCCGCACACCACACGCACCCAAGGAGGGCAAUUCUGGCACAACAAUGCACACCCUGUCGUGCUUGAAUGCUCAAAGA